GAUAAACAGGAAGGUCGCAGGUGCUGGGCCCACUUUUUGUUUUGCUUUUCUUUGACAUGGGUUUUUGGAACGUGUAUAAAUUCGGCAUGAAUCUUUUCUUAUUUUCCAUUAACUGUCUUUCUUUCCACACACAGACACACACACACAGACACACAUACUCAUUACUGUCUAUAUAUCCUCCAAUGUCAACUUCACCUAAAGCAGAAGCAGAAGCAGCACCAGCAGCAGCGGCAAAAGAAGACCAUCACAAAAGAGAUACGUUGGUAGAACAAUACAGCCAUAAUGAAGAGGAGCAUGGUCAUAUCCAGUUGCAACGGGUGGUUGUGGUGUCGAUCGAUCCAAACUCGGCGGAAUACGUUUUGAAUUGGGCACUCAACAACUUUAUUCAACCUGAUCAGGAUUUGGUCGUACUCGUACAUGUUCGGGUCUUGGACAUUCCUAUGGCACCCUAUGUUGAUUCCACUGGUUAUAUGGACGAUAUAGCCGAGGAACGGAAGGAGGAAAGCCAUGAUUUACUCAAGACGUAUGCCAGCAGGCUUUGGCACAAGCAGAUCGCGUGCAAGGCCAUUUCAAUGAUUGGCGAUCCAAAAGCCGAACUUGUUCGCAAAGUAAAGGAUACUCAUGCUGAUGCUCUAAUCAUGGGCUCACGCAACUUGGGCACGAUCAAAAGAACGUUGUUGGGAAGUGUGAGUGACCACUGCGUUCACCAUGCACCGUGCGCUGUCAUUAUUGCCAGAUCACCUGACGAUGAAGACAAGUCGUCUCGUCGUAGAUCGAUCUUGUCCCGCAUUACUUCCUCUUCCUAAAUGACACACAUUGUUUUUUAUUGCUUACACGCUUCACACUCUUGCUUCCUACGUAAUAAUCAUCCCCCACCCCGCACACACAUAUUGAUGUAGUUAGUAAAUAUACAUACUCUCAGUCAAUUUUUUUAUAUAUAUUAAUUCUUUUUCCAAUAAAAUAAAGGCGUACUCACUUUUUCUCUCGACAUGCUUGUU